CGGCGUUCCAGUGCGACAGAGAAAGAUGCUAAUUAUUUAAAGAAAGAUACGAUGUAAACAACGACCGCAUGCGGCUAUGUUGCUUCAGUGUAAAGCUGGCCUAAUACUCGUGAAUUGUAAACACGCGCAAAAAAGAAUUUUAAUAAAAAAUAUUUUUCGUCGCACAAUUGAAAAAUGGAACCGUUUAUUGAGCGUAUGUUAGAACGUGCUAAAACAAAGAGAAUAUUGAAGGAACAGUUUCAUGCAGGACAUAACAUUAGAGAAAGAUGGAAUCUUUUAAAAAAUACAAAUGUUCUAAAACAAACUGAAGGAAAAAAACGAAUCUCAGUUGACAAAUCUGAUGAUUCACUGAAAAGUAAGAAAAUGGAAGCAGAUGUUGAUCUGUUCAGAAAUCCUGAUAGCUUUUCUAAAAGCAAUGAUGAUAAAGUUUCUAAUACCUUAGAAAAAGUUAAGAAAAGUACAAAUUUUACAAGCAAUUCUCAGUUAUCCUCAAGAACUGAAUUAAAAAAUUUGCCACAGACUUUGAUUCAGUUAUCAGGUUUGGUGUCCAAUAAAAUAUUACUAUUUGAAACAAAAAAUAUGGAUACAAAAACAAAAGUUUCCACUCGAACAUCAUUCAUUGAAAGAAGGGCAGUUUUUGAACAUAAUAAAGAAGAAACAGUAUUAAUAAAACCCAAAACUAGAUUUACAAAGUCAACAUUAUUUGAGAAAUCACAAGAAAAAAAUAAAUCUAACACACAUUUGUCUGAAAUUGAAGUUGCAGAAAACAAUACAUGUAGUACAAAAUAUAUUGACAAUGCUGACAAGGAAUCUACAACGACGACUCUUGAUAAAAAAAUUAAAACUGAAGUGAAAGACAACCAUUAUAUUCAAAAUAAUGAAACUGAUCGAGAAAAUGACUCUGAAAGUAUAGGAAAUACUUCUUUUGGGAGUAGUAUUAUGCAUGUGUUUGAUGAACUUUUGUUAAGCGACAAACUAAAAGACUCUGCAGAAUCCAAUAGUACUACACAAGAAUAUUUAGUGUUAAAUGAAAUAGAUCAAUGUUUGGAUGAAUGUCUUAAUGCAAAGGAAUUGUAUGAUUAUGAUGAGAAAGAAAAAAGUUCAUUAAAAAUAAAUACAAAUUCUGGAAGUCUAACAGAAUCAAAUCAAGAUGAAUCAGAGAGAGAUUUAUUGGAAGAAAAAAUAAAGAAGUUGUUAGAUGAGAUUUAUAUACAAGAGAAAAAAAUUGAAGGAGCCAGUAAAGCAUUGAACUUUAUUCAAUCUACUGACGAGUUUAAUGACUCCACUGAGCAAGUAGCAGGAGAAUGGGCUUUGCUUGUUGCUACUCAUAAACGCCAAGCUGCAUUGAAUGAAGUGCAAAGACUAAAGCAAAAAGAUACAUUGAGGACAGAUUUAUUAGAAAUGCAGGGGUGUGGAUCUUUGACGAUUUCUGCUAUUACAUUACCACUCAAUCAAGAAUAUUUUCAAAAAAUGGACACUAACACGUGUCUUAAUUGCGUUUGUUUGAUGUCUCACUUAGGAGAAGUAGUUGCUACUCAAGCAGCCAUUGUUGAACCCGGCGACUCAUGUCUUCGAUUUACGUCAGUGCUAAAACUCGAUAACGUAUACUACAAUUUUAGGAUUGACGUUAAAGUGUAUUAUUUCCAGACUAGAACAAAGUGUUUAUCAUACGACAAGAAAUAUCAUAUCAAUCGUAAUUUAAAAGCAAAAAAUAAGUCAUUGAAAAAGAGAAAUCAAUUCAUAAUGCCGGAGAAUCUUACGGGACAAAAUAUGAUCAGAUCAUCUGUUUUUCAAUUAAUGGGCAUUACUACCAUUAAGCUAAACGAUGUAAAUUGCAAGCAAUUUACUUUGCUCGGGAUCUCAUCACACUCGCCUUUAGAAGGAUACUUAAACAUGCAUAUAUUAUCGAAGCCUUCAGAAUCUGUAGAACAUCACGGAUUUUUGACGCUCUUCGAGGAUAUUGCAAAUUUGGGUAAUUGGCGUCGAAGAUGGUAUCGGCUUAACAACGCCAGACUUUACUAUUGGUUAAAUCCUGAUGACGAACACGAGAAAAAUCCGAUAGGAUACGUCGACUUGGAAGAUGUAUUUACAAAGAAUGUACAAUUUGUAAAUCGAGAAAAGUGUGCUCGUCCUUACACAUUUCUACUUGAGACAUCGAGACCCGCACAACCUGGAGAUACUGAUAGUCUCAUUAUGAAAACGAAUAGAAUUGAAACCACGAUAGAGUACUUUUUAUUAGCCGACACAAAGGAAGAAGGAUUACAAUGGAUAUCGAAGUUGAAUAAAACUCUGAGCUUAAUUAGAACUUGGGGACCGUUUCGAGAUUUAAAAAGUUAAAGAAAACUGAAAAUCUAAAAAAAAGCUAUUUAUCUUGAAUAACGUAUUAGAAAGUACAUUUCAAUCCUUUUGAAAUACUAACAAUUCAACAUUAUUAUUCUUCAUAUUGUUUAAUUAUGAUAAGUUUCUUGAUUUAU